AUGCCUCUUCCAAAAUCUGCGGACGGGUCCAACUUCUGGAAGUACAACAGGUCCUACAACUACAGGUCCAACAACUCAAGGUCCGGGAACAGAAGGUCCUGCAACUCAAAGCCCAACAUCUGCAAGUCCAUCAAGUCCAGAAGCCACAGGCUCAACAACUCUAGGUUCAACAAAUUCUACAACUGCUCCACCCCAAACCACAGGCUUAGAAACUGCUGGUCCAACAACUGGAGGCUCUGUAACCACGACUCCCGGUCCAGCAACUGCAGGUCCAGCAACUGCAGGUGCAACAACUGCAGGUCCAGCAACUGCAGGUCCAACAACUGCAGGUCCAGCAACUGCAGGUCCAACAACUGCAGGUCCAGCAACUGCAGGUCCAACAACUGCAGGUCCAGCAACUGCAGGUCCAGCAACUGCAGGUCCAGCAACUGCAGGUCCAGCAACUGCAGGUCCAGCAACUGCAGGUCCAACAACUGCAGGUCCAGCAACUGCAGGUCCAACAACUGCAGGUCCAGCAACUGCACGUCCAGCAACUGCAGGUCCAGCAACUGCAGGUCCAACAACUGCAGGUCCAGCAACUGCACGUCCAGCAACUGCAGGUCCAGCAACUGCACGUCCAGCAACUGCAGGUCCAGCAACUGCAGGUCCAGCAACUGCAGAUCAAACAACUGAAGGUUCUAUAAUCGCAACUGCAGGUCCAGCAACUGCAGGUCCAGCAACUGCAGGUCCAGCAACUGCAGGUCCAACAACUGCAGGUCCAACAACUGCAGGUCCAGCAACUGCAGGUCCAACAACUGCAGGUCCAGCAACUGCAGGUCCAACAACUGCAGGUCCAACAAC